UUCAUCCUGAAGGAAUUUUUGUGAAAAACCACGGAGAAAAUUCCACCUCAGGAGCAAGAAGCUGGAAAAUGAGGAUUUUCUUGGUUUGGACCCUUUUCCUCAUGAGAGCCACGAGCACAGGUGGCCGGGCAGUGAGAGGCCCCAAGCAGGUGACAGUUAAGCAGGGCAGCUCACUGGCAGUGUCCUGCAGCUACAAGCCACGCUACAAGCUCAACUCCAAGUACUGGUGCCGCAAAAACUCCCUCUGGCUUUGCUUCACCUACAUCAUCCAAACCAAUGGCUCAGAGGUGACAGUGACACGGGACAGGGUGUCCAUCAGGGACAACCACACAGCAAAUUCAUUCACAGUGACACUGAGCAGUGUCACACCAGGGGAUGCAGGCCAGUACUCCUGUGGGGUAAAGAAGAAAGUGGGGAUCAACCAAUGGCACAGCACCAAGGUGAUGGUUUCUGCAGCUGUUUCAAACACAACCGAGGACAGCAACGUGAGCCCAUCAACCACCAACCCUCUGUGCCCCAGGGGCUGCGGGGAGCCUCCAGUGCUGUCCCAGCUCAGUGUCAUCCACUUGCUGCUUCUGCUCAGCAUCAAGGUGCCCAUGGCACUAGCUGUGGUUUGUGGGGCAGCCUGGGUGAGGAGCCAGUGCAGGAGCCGUGAUCAGGAAAACCUACAGCUCUUGGACACAUCCAGCAGCACCAGGGCAUGGGGCUGCCCACUCAUCCCAACCACUUCCGAGCCCCAGGGAUGACCUCCUGCCCCCCUGGCCGCCACCCUGCUGGGGCCAUGCCACCCCUCACAGCCACCCCUUGCCAGGAGGUGCUCAGCUCCGGGCACUUCUGGCCCUGGAAAGCCUCGGCCCCUCCUGGCAGCCCCUGCA